UCCCUAACAAUAAAUGUUUUUUCAUAAAAGAUGUAGCAACGUCUGGAACAAAAUGGCGGAAAAAUCCGGGAAAAUGUCGGAUGAACCUGAAGACAAGAUGGUGGGCGGAUCUGACAAUAUGGCGGAACGUUCUGAGUGGAAAACAGAAGUUGAAUGGCAGGAGGGUUCGGAGAAUGAUUUCAAGGAUUUUAAGGAGAUAAUGCAGAAUGCUAAAAAGAGCUCUGGACAUUCUCCUUCCUCAGGAGGUUCUCCCUCCUCCAAUUCUUCAGGAGAGGAGGAAGAAAAGAAUGGAGAAAAGCAGGAGAAAGUUAACGGAGAAAUAGAUACCAACGAUAAAGGAGAAAGGGAGAAGGGAAAAGGAGAAGAAGAAAAUGAUAUGAAACUGUUAGCGGAAAAGAUGGAGGGAAAAGAAGAUAAUCUGGAAGAAGACGACAUAGAGGAAAUCGGAAGAAAGUUUGAAGAGUAUAACAAGUUCAUUGAUACAGAAACAGAAGAUGAAGAUAACCCAGACGAGGAUUUGGAUCCUGGUUCAGAUAAACCUGAAGUAAGAAUACUGUGGGCUGCUCAGCAUAAUAAACUAGAAUUAGUUCAGGAGAUGUUAGAAAACAAACCAGGAUUAGUGGGGGCACGUGAUGAAGAUUUGUACACACCCCUUCAUAGAGCAGCAUACAGUGGUCAUACAGAGAUGGUACGGCUAUUGCUUGCUAAUGGUGCGGAUCCGCUAGCGCUAACAGAUACUGGAUGGACACCUCUACACAGCGCUGCUAAAUGGAAUAAUGUUGAUAUUGUAGAACUUCUUCUGAAUGCAGGUGUACCUGUUAACACGGUAUCUGAGGGAGGUCUGACUCCUCUUCAUGUUGCGGCAAUGAGCAAAUCUUGUCGAGAAACCAUAGAAUUAUUAUUGAUGCAGCCUGGAGUAGAUCUCACGCUAGCCAGUAAUCAGGGUGACACUGCUGCAGAAAUAGCCUUUAGGAAUGGUCCUUUGGGUCCUCUGUUCCAGGCUUGCUGGCCUCAAUCCACAUUCAGAUAUAGAACACAACAUUAAACAUUAAGAAUCUUUGCUAAA